GCGGUGGUCAGCAUACAGUAUGUGUGUGCGUGUGUCGGUCUGUCAUUAUAAUGCACAAAUUAAACAUUAUGCUUCGGUUACCUAAAUGGAUGACAGCAGUUUUAACUUUUGAUUUCCUUUCAGCGUCACGUCUUUUAUUGAGUUUCUUUUGCUCUCGCUCUGAACCCCGAUGUGUGAGUUUAGUGCAUGGACUGAAGGAAUCAGGGAGGUGGGUGUUUUUGGGGAAAAAGCCUAAUGGGUGGAGCCUCUGCAUUUCGCCUAUAUUCACUUACAGAUUUUUUUAACGGGUUGUCCCCGCACGGGUAUUUUCAUUUGAGAAUCAUGUCUGCCCCCGACAUUAUCAUAAUUCAAAACACAAUAAAUAAUGCAGGCAGGAUCGCCACAAACAUUGAAUUUUGUUGUUCCGUUUGUAUCGGGUUGCAUUGUGGUCCUAGAGGCACGCCAUUUUGGCUCUGUGCAUAUUCUUUAUAUGGUGGGAUGACAAAUAAGGCUGACUUGAUUUGAUACAAAAUGAACAAAUAAAGCAACUUUGCUCUCAUCAGCAAGUUCAAGUUCCACUUCUGAACCUUUUACAUAUGGCGCCCUAAUGUCCUGUGAGGACGCGUAAUAUAUUGAGAGGAGAUAGCAGACCCAUGUCUAACUUUUCUCAUAUUCCAUGUCUCCUUUGUCAACAGGGUACACCGAUACAAGGAAGCAAACUACGUCUUCCCGGUUAUUUGUCUGGAAAAGGGUUCCAUUCUUUCGAGGAGAGCAGCCUAAUAUCAGCUGCAGCAACCAAAGCCAGGACGCCACUCUCAGACAUCAAGAAAACCCCAAGCCGACCUGGAAGUCGCCCCGGAAGCAAAGCAGGCAGUCGGGCGAGCAGCCGGCGAGGCAGCGACGCCUCGGACUACGACAUCUCGGAAAUCCAGUCUGUGUGCUCAGACACGUCCGAGACGGCGCCCGAAAGUAGCAAAGCGUUGUCGCGUGCUGGAUCCCGGCCCUCGUCCUCGAAGCCUUCAAAGAUCCCCACUCCCAAGAGGAGGUCUCCUGCUGCUAGCAAGUUGGCCGCCAAGCCUUCAAAGAGAUAGUUACGAGUUCCUGGGGCCUGGCAGAGUUGCUCUAACGUGCAUUACGUCAGAUAUUUAAAGGCUGUGAGAUGUAAAAUAUUCUGUAGAAAAUGACUGUUUUAAUAUUGCGCCAGGAGGACCUGAAUGCGGUUGGCCUUAUGUGUUAUUUGUCCUGUUAUUUUAUUUCAUGUGAAUAACGUUCUGUCAGAUGAUCACUGCGGAUUUAGACUGUUUUUGUCAGUUAUCCCUAACGGGGUAAGCGAGAGACUUUAUUAUAAAAGCUAAGCUGACAUUUGUACACACUAACGUGUAAACGCGACACUAAGUAACAUGUGAGGAGAACGUUGCUGAAUGAAUGUACUGUAAUUUUGCUGGACUUUCACCUAUUUAAGUUAGGCGGUGGCUUCUGCCUGACCUUAACACGUAAUUUAUUUAUACUGACUGUGCAAUGAAGUUCGACCAGAAUCCAUACGGAAGAGACACUAAGUAGGGAAUCCGUGAAACACAAACGCCGGUGUGAAUUGAACGGCUCACGCUCCAGAAUCACAAUCGGACUUCACGUUACGCACCUGCAGAUGUUACACUUAACUUUCAUGAUCUCCGAGCGAUUUUGUGCCAUUUAUUUUAACCGUGUCCAGGGCCGUAUACGGACUCCGAGAGGCUUCGCUAACAUCACUAGGAAGGGCGUCCAUGUCACUGUACGGGUUUCAUUUCGCUUGAGUGGACAGGACUGCUGUAUCAGUUCAUUUUGUU